UUUGAGGCUGUGCUCUAUCAGACAAGUGAAUUAGGCUGUUGCUUAUAUUCUAUUUCUGUAGAUAAAGACAGUCGUAUCAGAUAAGUUGGAUAUGGAUAUGGUCAGGAGUUCCUAUGAUGAUCAGUAUGAAAAUUGCCCUAAGGAUGUAGAGGACAUGAUCCCCAAUUUAUUGAAGUCAGAGUUGAAACAUGUGAAGUUUAAUGAAGUCUGGAAUAAAGCCAUUGAAAGAUGGAUAGAUAUAAAGGGAGAGACAAAUGUUCCCAAGGAAUUUACUGAAAAGCAUGCCAUAGCAACACUGGCCUACACCAAGGAGGUAGGAGGCAUUUACACAGAAUUCAACACGGCAGUGCGCCAGGCUGGGCAGUCCAGAGACCACUCUCUAAAUAAAUUCCAUUACAAGGCUCUACAUUACUACCUGACCAGGGCCGUUCAGAUGCUGAAAGCUGAGGAAACAGUUAAAUGUUACAGAGUCUACAGAGGAACGAGGGUUCCAUUCAGCGCUACGAUAGGGAAGGAAGUACGUUUUGGCCAAUUUGCAUCUUCAUCAACAGAUGAAAAUGAAGCAGUUGUGUUUGCCAAAGACCCUGACACUGGCGCCCCUGGCACCAACUUUACCAUCACAACCUGCCACGGGGCCAGCAUUAGUGACUUAUCCUUCAUCCCCGAUGAGAAGGAAGUGCUUAUCCCUCCCUAUGAGACAUUCAAGGUCACUGAGGCUAUAACAGAAAGUGGAUAUAAUAAUAUUACACUUGUGUCUGUGGGAACCCAUAGUAACUACAAUUGUUUUAAAAUUAAAGCCAAACGUCCCCAAGAGGAUCUGGAUGUUGAAUUUCCCCAGAAGAAACAAAAAUAUAGUGCCUGUAGUCUCCGUGAUUCUGCCCCAACCUGGGAGCAAGACCAGCGCACUGAGUUGCUAUUUGGGCUCAUACAGGAGGUCAAUGAAAUGAGGCAGAAGCUGCAGGAGAUAAAGGACACCCUGCUCACUUUCAGGGACAACCCUCCUCCUCCUCCUUGUUUCUAA